AUGCAAGGAAGUGACGGUCUGUAUAAAAGGAUGGCAUCACCUCCCUUUUUUAAGGAGACUGCCGUUGAUCCUGAGUUAGAGCAGAAAGCAAAGAGAGCGGCUGACAAGCUUUCAGAAACGGUGAACAUUAUUGCUAAUGAACCAUCCUUGGCCUUCUUCCGCAUCCAAGAGCAUGUACGAAAGACUCUUCCACAACUUGUAGAUCAGAAGCAUGAAGUUGAGGACAUCCAGGUCAAAGUUCAGGGAGCAUGCUUUGAUGCUGACUAUGCCAGCAAUGCAGUGAAAGCCAUGCUGUCAAGUGCAAUACAUUUUCAGAACAUUCAGGAUCUGCUGAAGAAUGCCAUGUUUAUGAAACAGCAGAUCAGCUACGCUGAUAACAGAAGGAAGUUUGGCAGACCUAGUCCGUCCUCUUCGUUUGCAUCAGUUGACAAAGUGAAAGAGAAUGACACAGACAAGAGGGACUCCAGUUAUGGGGGUGGAUCUGAGAAUGUACCCAACACUGGGGCUGGCGCUAGUCCAGGUGGUUCCUCACAAAAUGAGACAUUAAAUAUUCCUAAGAAGUCUCUGGAAGACUCAGAUGAUGGCAGGGAGGUGGAGAUGUUCAUGUCCAAUCCUUCAAACCAAACCUGA